AUGACUCCCUCCAUCCUUUCCUCACUCUCUAACAAGAGUAAUAGUGGCCACAAGUACGCCAAAUCAUCACUCUGUCUCCAAAAUACGGCCAUUCCACAAUUACCUAUAAGACUUACAGACUUAAGUACAUUUAACCUCCAUACCCCAAAUACACAAUUACCUAGAAGGCUCGACUUAAGCACAUUUAACCUCCGUACCCUCAACGACACUUAUGAUGCCGAGAAUCCUCCAGAGUCUUCAUUUGACACGAACGCACUCACAACCUAUUGCACUGAGAAGGCGUGCGGCUUUGAUUACCACACGUACUUUGAUCAAGAAGAGGGGUAUACCCGCUCUCUAGAAGUGCAAAAUAAUCACGAAAGUGGUUAUUGCAUAGACAGUAGUGGCCCUGCACCUAUUAACGAAUACGGUCCAGUGUCUGCUAGUCUCAUGGCUCAGUCUAGGGAGAAGUCGUCGGGCUUGGAUUACUACGACCUUGUUAACGAGGAAGGGGAGGAAACUCAUUGGUUGGAAGCUAAUGAUCGUACCAAUAACAACUACAUGUCGUGCGGCAUCGCCGAAUGUUGCGGCGGUCAUGAUAACUCUUUGUGCGAUAGUGGCGAAGAGGAUGGCCAUGAACGCAGGCCCGAAAACACUAUUUAUCUAAGUGGCCAUGGCAGUAUGUCUGAAAUUGAUAUCGAGCAAUAUAUAGACCCCUCCAGCCCCCAGUAUGGUGGGGAUGCAUAUGAUUAUUACGGCUAUUUUGACGACGACGAGUUGGCGAAUGUUUGUUGGGUGGAAGCCGAAGGAUGCAUCUGCGGCGUCCCCGGAUGCUGUGGCGACACCUUACUACAUGUACUGUCUCCCGAUGAGUAG